CAGAACAUUAAACAUUGAACGGCGGUGAAAAUGUUAUAGAUAUGGUACACAGUAUUUUUAAUAGCCUAGCUACAUAUAUAAAAUAUAUAAAUUUAAUGAAGAAAUAAAUUUUGACAGUGUGAGAAUAGGAAAUAAAAAAAUUUGACUUGAUAGUCAAUGUAUUAUUCAAGUAAAUUAUUAAAAUUAAAGUCAUUUUUGACAUCAUCACAAAUAUGGCAGGUAUGUCAGGUUAUGAACGAGCUGAGCGAGUUUACAGAGGUAGACCGCUAGAUCCAAGACAAUUUGAAGAUGAUCCAGAAAAAUAUUAUAAUCGUGAUAUGUUAAGACCGUUACCAUUAGAAACAUCAUUACCUCUUAUAACUGAAGAUGUAUCAACUGACAAUGAUAUUGCAAUAAAAAAAUCUAUAGGAGCUGGCUGUGGAUUAGUAAGUUUAAUAACAGAGAAUCUUUUGAUUCAUCCCUUUAUUGUUUUAAGAAGACAAUGUCAAGUAAAUCCCAGAUCUUCAACUUACCACUUAGUGCCAAUAACCUUGAUACCUGUGAUAGUAAGAUUACAUCAAACGCAAGGUUUGAGUACGCUCUGGAAAGGUAUUGGCUCAGUUUUGUUAGUACGAGGUUUAUCAGCAGCUGUUGAAGAUGUUAUUUCUAAACUUACUCCUUGGCCAAAAGAAAUCAACAGAGAGAGCACCAUGAAAGCUUUUGGACAACAUUUACUACUUAAAUGUGUUUCAAUUGGAAUAGUCGCUCCGUUUUAUUCAGCAUCUCUGGUAGAAACAGUGCAAUCGGAGAUAGCAUCUGAGAAACCUGGGGUACUUGACAUAUUUCGAGAUGGAGCUAUUAGAUUAUUAGAAGUAGGAUCUAAAGGCAGGCUUAUUCCAAUUUAUGCACUUCUUACUCCACAUGUUACUUAUGGAGUUGCUAAAUAUUUAUUUGCAUUGAUUGUAAGGAGUGUUGUUAGUCGAGUGAUGUGGUUAAGAGAUAGAAAAUUGCAAGAAAGAACUGGAGCUUAUAGUCGAGACAUAGUUUCUGAAGGAAUGAUGCAAGAUAUUGAAUUACAUUCAACAUUAAUAUCAAUGUGUGCAGCAGACGUAAUAUUUUAUCCACUUGAGACUAUUGUACAUCGUCUUCAUCUACAAGGCACUCGAACUAUUAUUGAUAAUCUUGAUAACGGACGAAGUGUUAUGCCGCUUUUAACGGGAUACAGUGGAGCUAUUGAUUGUUAUCGUACAAUUGUAAGUACUGAGGGCACAUUAGGUUUAUAUAAAGGAUUUGGUGCUCUUGUAUUACAAUUUGGUAUAAAUUUUUUAGUCCUAAAAGCAACUAAAUAUAUCCUCACAGAAAUUGGAACAAUGUUUAAGAGCAAACCAAAAGUAGUUAAAACUCCACAAAAUAUUUAUUAUAAUGAAGCUUAGUUAAUUUAUUUUAUAGGAAAUACUGUGUAUAGAUUGAUUGAUAACUAAUGAUAAUAUUUGAUUUUUUUUUCUUAUGGCAAUUAAAAAUUAAAAUUUUUGAAAAAAAUUUUUGUAUUUUAAUUAACUUAAUAAUGAAAUGACUUUAAAAAGAAAAGAACAAUAAUGAGGGUAAAAAUACUGAUUCAGACGAAUUAAAUCCGAGUUCAGAAACUUAAAAAUUUCUU